AUGGAGCCUUCGAUCAUCGUGGAUUUUACCUUCAAGAUUGUGGAUCGUCAUCAUCUGGAUCUCCGCCUAAAACCAAGAAGGAUUACUUUAGAAAAAGGAUAAAAUUUUUGUGGGGAACAUUAAGAUAAUAUUAGAAAAUAGGGACCUUAGGAAUAGUUUUUUUUUUUAAAUUUUGGGCCAUACUUUUUCAAUUUUUCGACUAAUUUUGGUGAUUUCAGUGCCUCCCAGCGCCGCCGGCCAGGCCUCUGGCCAAAACGUGGCCCGCACCGUUCAGGCCGAGCAUCCGCCGGCGGUUGCGGGCUCCCCUCUGGGUGCCCAUCACUUCGGCGUCCCAGAGGGAGAGGUCGGACUUAGCAUUGCUAGUCCGACCUCGUUCAGCCCGGCGUAUUCGAGGUCGCCCGAAUACAGCACGGGCAACUCGACCCUCCACGGCGUCCCGUCGAUUCCGUCCUACGAGGAAUAUGACGCCUAUCGGGCGAUGAUGGCGGAGAAGACGCCGGAGCCCGUGGAUGAAGAGAAGGCCAAGCUUCGGGCGAAGAUGGAAGAACUCAUAGAAGAAAACCGGCAACUCCUCAGACAAGCCGAUGACAUGAGAAAAAAAAAGGAGAUGACAGAACUCCUUUGGACGUCAGAAAUGGAAAGGGCCAACAAGGCCGAAGCCGACCUGGAGGCCGCUCAGAAGGCCAUUUUCGAAAUGAAAACGAAAGAAUACCGAGCUGGAAGAAAGCUCGAAGAGGCCAUAAGAGCCAAAGAUGAGGCUCUAAUCGAAUUGGAGAGGGAAAAGGAAGAAACAUCCCGUCUCAAGCAGCGACUCACCGACCACUUGAAGAAAGCCGAAGCCGAUGCCAGACCUCCACGAACUCACCGUUCAAGAAGUCCGUUGACACGAACGGCGCCUUCGUCUUCGCCGACGCCUGACGUCGAGCCUCCCGCAGAAGUCGUCUCGCCCCCAGUCGAGGAUCAGGUCUCGGAAGGCCAUGAAGAACCAGGACCACAACAUGAGGCCCCGGGACCCCUGCGAAGGAUGCCCAAAUGCAGGAGGCGGUGCUGUUACCAGCCGCCGCCUCCUGCACCUCAAGCUGUUCCUCGGCCUCCCCGAAGAUCCAGGGAGGUCGAACAACUCGGCCCGAUCAUCGAGGAAGUCGUUGAAGAACGUCCGAGGAGGAGAAGCCGUCAGCCUCCAGCCCGGCUCGUCGUCGACAUGGCACGCCGAAGCUAUGCGGCGAUAAGGAGCUCAAUAAUGCCUCGUAAGUUUAUUGGCUCUUGUUUUUUUCUUUUUAGGCCAAAACCCUAGAAAUAAACAUGAGGUGUUUUUUGAAGAAAAAAGAUCCAUAUAUAAUUCUCAAUAAUAUCUGUUUUUUUCAGGCAGAAGAGCUCAAGUCCGGACGGAUGAUGCUCCGUGGUUCCUUGGAUAAGGUGGAACCGAAUAAGGUAAGUUGUUUUGGGAACUGUUUGGCCUUGAUUUAGGCUAAAGUAAUAUACUUUACUAUCUUCAGACGAAGGCCGGUCUGGACCAGCGUGGAGAAGUGGAUCCGGCACCCGUGCCCCCUGAAUCAGUCCGGGGGGCCUCUGGAAUAAGAAAAAAGGGUGCCCAUCCACUUGUUAUGGUCAAGAUUGGGGAUUUUGGACUAUAAUAAGGUAAGUUAUCAUGCUGAAUUUAUAUUUAUUCCUUAUCUUUUUCAGAAAUCCCUGAAAAAGACGAACUGAUGGAAAGGUGGAGCACUCUGGCCUCCCGAAUGAGCCCGGGGGGCCAUUGGACUGUGAAAAAGGGUGCCCACCUUUCUUUACGAUCCCUCGUGUGGACGUUUUGGUCGACCGGAACGCCCCGGCCCCUCACUUCAUCCGGGGGGCCUCUGGAAACCUUACGGGUGCUCGGUUAGACCAAACAGGGUAAGAUUUUAUUGUUUUGGGAGCUUUCUGACUUUUAUUUGGGCUAGAGCAAUAUAAUCUUCCUAUUUUCAGAUGA